AUGGUCGCCCAGGUUCAAAAGCAAGCCCCAGCAUUCAAGAAGACCGCCGUCAUCGACGGUGUGUUCGAUGAGGUUUCCUUGGAGAAAUACAAGGGCAAGUACGUUGUCUUGGCCUUCAUCCCAUUGGCCUUCACCUUUGUGUGCCCAACUGAGAUCGUUGCCUUCUCUGACGCCGCUAAGAAGUUCGAGGACUUGGGUGCGCAAGUGUUGUUUGCUUCCACCGACUCUGAGUACUCGUUGUUGGCUUGGACCAACAUUGCCAGAAAGGACGGUGGUCUAGGUAACGUGAACAUUCCUCUUGUUGCCGACACCAACCACUCCUUGUCCCGCGACUACGGCGUGUUGAUCGAGGAGGAGGGCAUUGCCUUGAGAGGUCUAUUCGUGAUCGACCCUAAGGGCGUGGUCAGACACAUCACCAUUAACGACUUGCCAGUCGGCAGAAACGUCGACGAGGCCUUGAGAUUGGUUGAGGGCUUCCAGUGGACCGACAAGAACGGCACUGUCUUGCCAUGCAACUGGACUCCAGGUGCUGCUACUAUCAAGCCUGAUGUUGCUGCCUCCAAGGAGUACUUCAGCGAGGCCCACAAGGACUAA